UUGACGGUAAAAGGCAUAGGAUAUCUUCACAUGGAGUGACGAAUAACAAAACAUUUACUUUACAGUAUUUACACAGUUAGCACAUAACUACAUGUGCUCGGUUUAUAUGGUGGAUUUUUAACUAAAAAAUAGAUACACGGAAAUGAAAAUUGAAGAAAUAAACAGUAUGACAAACUCUUCUUAUUUGGUCGUGUUAUUUUGUGCGACCGCGGGUAAAAAUGGGGAUGAUUUAGGCGUGGACGAGGAACAAGUAGUGUUGUUUGUGUACCUUUUAUACGACCUGCCAAAUAAUAAGGUCGUGGCGGUGCAGCAGCACUAUGUCCGGCCGACCCCGAGUGAGCUUUCCGAGACGGUGAUUACCGAGGAAUGCCGACUGGAGACGGGACUUGACGAGGAGGUCAUCAAGAAUGCCCACCCGCUAGACCACGCCCUCGAAGAGUUCGAUCGGUUCCUAGUCUCGAAGGGUGUCCAUCCCGACCACGGCGGCAAGUCCUUUUGUCUGGCCACCGACGGACCGACACAUAUCCGGCAGGUCCUACAUCCGGAAUGUGGCACGAAGAACGUGAACAUCCCGCAAUACUUGUACUCCUACUUUGACGUUAGAAAGGAAUUUAAGAAAUUUUACAAGGCGGACAAUAUAACUGGCAUCAAGACUAUGUUAGACUAUCUAGGUUUGCAGGAGGAUCAGUCGGUCGAGUACGGGAUCAGGAAGACCCAGGAGAUGGCAGCCAUUAUUCACAGACUGGUCGUCGACGGUCAUGUAUUCGGUGAACACGAGUAUGUCAACGAACGUCUUGAACCGGGAAUAUGUAGCAAGAGUGACGUGGUCGAUGACGAAGUUGUCGUUCGUGCCCGCGGGUUACCAUGGCAAUCGUCUGAUCAGGACAUCGCCCGCUUCUUUAAAGGUCUCAACAUCGCGAAGGGUGGUGUGGCGCUCUGUCUGAGCCCCCAGGGUCGCCGUAACGGAGAGGCGCUGGUACGCUUUACCGACCAAGAAAUGCGGGACCUCGCCAUUAGACGCCACAAGCAUCAUAUCGGCCAACGCUAUAUCGAGGUGUACAAGGCCACAGGAAAGGACUUUCUCAAUGUCGCCGGCGGAAGUAAUACCGAAGCACAGGCAUUCUUGUCUCGAGGUGGGGAAGUUAUAAUACGCAUGCGCGGUCUGCCUUUUACAGCAACCACUCAGCAAGUGCUCGAGUUUUUCGCGCGCGAACCCAAUGUGAGCGAGGUGUUGGACGGUGAAGACGGCAUUCUCUUCGUGCAUUACCCGGACGGGCGCUCCACCGGAGACGCCUUCGUACUCAUGGGGACGGAAGAGGAGGCCGACAAGGCGCUCAAGAAGCACCGCGACAUCAUGGGCACGCGCUACAUCGAGCUCUUCAAGUCCACCACGGCGGAGGUACAACAGGUAUUGAACAGAAGUAUGGAUCCCCGUAACCCAGAACCACAAGAAAACCAAGUAGCAUUACCUCCCCUGAUUGCUCAGCUUCCGCAGGCGGCACUGCCCUACAUCCCGCAAAAUCUCAUAACGAGCGGCACAAAACGAGACUGUAUCCGGUUACGGAACUUGCCGACGUGUUCACAAGUGACGGACAUUUUGUCGUUUCUGGGCGAAUUCUCGCAGUUCAUUGUGUACCAAGGCGUGCAUAUGGUAUACAGCGCCCAGGGCGAGCCUUCUGGUGAGGCAUUCAUCCAGAUGAGUUCCGAGGAGGCCGCGCAGCUAACCGCCAUCAACAGGAACAGACGACAAAUCAUCUACGCUGGCAAGAAACGCGUGAUCGAGGUGAUCCAGUGCUCCGGCGAGGACAUGAACCUCGUACUCACCCACGGGAUCUCAUCCCCCACCCUGUCGCCCGUCGUCCCGCUAGCGCAACAAGCCGCCCUCCCCCUCACACAUGCGCCGCUUAUACAGCGGCAGAUCAUCUCGCCUGGAGCCACAUUGUUGUCCAGCCUACAGGCCCCUGCCAGCCACCACUUUGCCAACCCCUUCACUUCCGCCCUGCAGUUCUCGGCGCUCCCACAGCCCAUCUACGGCAGCCCCUUCCAGCAGGGACUGUCACCUCUAGUCAGCGCCGCCGCCCGACCCGCCAUGUACCCCCAGAUCAUCUACUGGUACCCGACCCCUCCCGUUUCACCCCAGAGCGCCCAGCCGUUCUAUACUAACACGCCCUGCAACACGCCGUCCAUGGUCGUUAUGCGGGGGCUACCAUUUAAUGUCUCUCUGCAAGAUAUUUUAAAUUUCUAUCAAGGAUAUCCAGAGGUAACACCGGACAGUGUUCAGGUUCAAUACACACAUGACGGACUUCCUAGCGGUGACGUAGUCAUUUUGUUCGCAUCACGUGGUGAGGCAGAACGCGCGGUGACCGAAAAAAAUCAUCAAAUCGUGGGAAACAGAAUCGUGGAGUUAUUUUUAGCCGUGUAGUUUUAUGGAUUUAGAAUUCACUUUUAUUCAUAUUGAAUCGUGUCAUCGUAUUUUUUUAUUUAUAAUUUCGUUCCAAUCAUUGUUUCUGUCAAUAUGAUUGCUGUUCAGAACAGAGUUUAUUGUUUGUAUCAUAUACAGAUCUGUUCCUUUAAAUUAAUACGGAAAAAUUUCCAUUUUAAAGGAAAUUCAUAUCAAUAUAUAAAUGGUAUUUAAAUUAGAGAUCUGUUGUUUUAUUUUUAAUCUCAAUUAUCUAGUAUGUUAAUAGAAAUCAUGGACAAAUGUCGAUAAGGUCUGAAUAUUUUCUAGAAGUUGGUUACCUGCUCAUUUUUUAAUAUAAAAAAGUAGCCCAACGUGAUGGUUCUGGUACUAGUAUGAGAAGUGUUCAAUGUUGCAUGCUCUGAAUUAAAAAUCUAAUUGUCGGUAAUUGAAUUUUCAUCAUUAAUUUUAAGUACAUUGUACAUGUUACGUAACAAGCCUGCUACGUGAUAAAAGGACGGUACAUAAUCUUAAUAUUGGUAAUAUUUGCGUUAACGUAUCGUGGUAUUUAUUACCAAAGGCGUACAUUUAUUUUGAUAUUUUGAUAUAACAAGUCGUCUUCUACUUUUGAGGAUAGUGAAAACACAAGCUUUUUAAUUGGCUCACAUGGUGAGCUUUUUUGAAAAGCUUGUUCAGCUGUGCGUUUUAUUUGCCUUUUUAUUUUUUCCUGAUAUUGUUUUGUGUGCAAAAUGCUUAUAAGCCUUUUAUUAUCAUUAUUUUCUUGUCUCAUUGUCUUUUGAAAUUGUGUUUUUAAUAUAUAUGUAUUCUAUGAUUAUUAUAUAACAAUUAUAUCUGAGGAUCUGUCUGCCUUUUGUGUUAUAUUAAUUAAUUUUAAUAUGAUCAGCAUAUUUUGCUGACAUUUUGUUGAAGUGUGUGUAAAUUUUAUUAAAAUUCACGUUUCUUAUUUUUUGUUGUACAUAGAUGUUUUAUUAAUUCGGCAUUAUUGAGAAUUAGAUUCUAAUUACUAUGUUAAUAUAAAUGUAAAAUAUACAAUAUUUUUGUACAUGACAAGACUAAAUCAAAUGAGAAAGCAAUCUAGUCAAAUGAUCCUCCAACAAAAUAUAGUGUAAGAUUACUUUAUAAUAAAUACCAUACUUUGUUUACUUGAGUUUAAGUCAUAUUAUUUUCAAAGAUUAGAGAAAGACACUAGCACAUUUUCUGAAUCUUUUCCUCAAUAACCACCUUAUCAUAUGCAAUUGUACCAUAAUGUCAACAUUCCAUUUUUUCAGACAUCCAUAGUGCCUUAAUUGUGUUCAAAGUGCUAUCUAAUCUUCUUGCAGAUUUGCGAUGCUAUUUUCUGUAAGGAAGUGUGUGUACUCCUAAUUUCUCCCAUAAAUAGCAUCUGGCAUCUACGCAGUGAUUUUGUUGUUGUUGUUUGUCAAAACCACAGUGCCUUAAAUUGAUUAGCGAUAUUCAAUUGUGUAACUUCAAUUGUAAAAUUUCCAACGAUGUCUCUUAUAAUUGGAUGAAAUAUAAUUUAUUAAAAUUGGAAACAUGCUAAUUAUUUUUCAAAUUUGUAGUAAACAGUUAAAUCUGGUACCACUCAAUAAUGAAUCAAGAUUUUAAUGUCAUGAAAUUGGGUUGGGAAAAUACAUAAUUGAUAUUACCACAGUACCACAGUAACUUUACUACAAAUUACGCCAGUCUGCAAGAUUGUUUUAUAUAACUUCAUUUUGUUUUCUACUCGGUUAUGUGUAGGUUUUAUAUAGCAUCAUAUAUUUUCUAACAAUCGUUUUGUUGUUUGACAACAAAUUCACUUGUCUUCCAGAUUUAUUCAAAUAAUUUGCCGUGUUGUAUGAAAUAAUGCGUUGUUAUAAAUAUUUUUGUGAACUAUUUACAUUAAUAUAUGCAUUAGAAGCAGUAUAUACAUGUAUUUUUUGUCUUCCGAAAGUACGCAACAUGUAUAUUGUUAAUAUGAGCACUUUUUACGUGCAAUGUAUAUUUUGUCAUGUACUUCAAAGAAUUGUUCUACUGUCAUUUUUAAGUUUCACAAACUCAAAACAUAGAAAAUUACCGCAUACACGUAUGCUGUGUAAUCAUUAUCAUUCCAUUAUGUGCCUUUGUAUGCCAGACACCAUUGAAGAUAUUUUUUGCUUUUUGCAAUAUAAUGCGCCCAAUCCGCCGACCUGCUUGUUAAGGUAUACGUUGAUUGAACAAUGAACUAUGUACCGCACGCAGCAAAGCUAACCCAGGAUCAACGUUGUGAAAAAAUAUAGAUUAAUUUAUAAAGUUGUUCUUGUGUAACGGUAAAAGAAAAGAGAUACACACUGUUUCGGGUUCUAAAGAUUAAACAUUAUUUGGUAUUUCUAUUUGUAUAAAUAUAAUACAUGGACGUUUUAUCGAGAUACAUACAUUAAAGGUAAAUUCACGUGCAAAAACGUUAACAAGCAGCGGUGCAACAAUAUUAAUAUUGUGAUUCAUGUUACAAACUAUUUCAUUUAUCACCGAUCUGUAUUGUGUAUUUUAACAUUAUAAGAAAAUAGUUUACAAAUUAUGUUAUAUUGUACAUAUUUUUGUCAAUUUUAUGUUUAAACUAAUGACAUAUGAAAUGCCUAUUUUUCAGGGUAUAAUCUAACUGUAACUGUAUACAUUGCUGUAGAUAAUGAUGCCUUUUUCAGCUGUGAAACAUUCAAUACUUUCAUGCAUGAUAUGGUUCAAACGUAUUUAUUUGGUUUAUAUUUUCUAUUGUGUAAACAGAGCUCAAUUUAACCCAUUUAUGCCUAGUGGACUCUCCCAUCCUUCUAAAUUGGAUAAAUUUAUUUCGAAAAUUAGGGAUUUCUAGUAUAUUUAUUUCUAUAUUUAGAAUAUUUCUUACAGAAAUUACUUUAAGCAAACAGCGUAGACUCUGAUGAGACGUCGCAUCAAGCGGCGUCUCAUCUGGGUCUACGCCGUUUGCCAAGGCCUUUUUUUCUAGACGCUAGGCAUAAAUGGGAUAACCAUUUUCUUGACCAUUCUAAAGAGAUUUACAAUCUUAUAAAAAGUGUAAUAAUGAAUGGAAUACUUGAAUGAAUGAUAAAAAAUUACAGUUUGGGUUAAACUGUUCGGAUAAUGCCGUUGAAUUUGAAUUAAUUUCAAAAUUUAAGACAGUAAAACAAGACAGUCGUUCAAAAUUGUAUUGUAAGCACUCGCAAAGUCAUAUGAUAACAAAUUGUAAGAAAAAAAACGUUCAGCAGGUAUACGGACAUGCACGAGAAUUUCGAAACUAAUAUUUCCAAUAAAUGUUCAAUCAAGUAAUAAAGCAUACAUCUCUUUACGAAUGGUCACCUGGGAAACAUGAUCUGCAGGCUAACAUGACAUUUUCUUGCGUUUGUGCAAUAUGGUUAAGGGUAUAACUCAACUAAAACGCUACAUUUUGGUUAUGCGGUGGGUAUAUUUCGAUAGGUAUGCAAAGUCACUUAAACAAGUAUGUGCACUUUAUGACGACCAUAAAUUAAUGUUUUGUUUCGAACUUCAAAAACAGUGGUAAGCUUCGUGCGAGUAGUAAAAAAACAGCUGAAGCUCAUAAGCGUUGCACGUAUAUAAAAGACAUCUAGAGAUACUCAGUUUUAACCCUUUGCAUGCUGGGAAAUUUGUCGUCUGCUAAAAUAUCGUCUGCUGAAUUUCUAAAAUUAUCAUUUUCUUCGAUUUUUUCAAAGAAUACUAUCAUAAUAGCAAACAGAACGUGGCAUCUCAUCUGGAUCCAAACUGUUUGCAAAGGCCUUCAAAAUUCGGUUCCAGCACUGAAAUAGUUAAGUGACUUUGCAGAAAAUUCUUCUUGUAUUCAUUAUAUCAUCGUGUAUAGAAAUUUUAGAGCAGAUACUUCUAGUAUUUCCUUUGGCCUUCUCGAAUAAACAAAUUACUGGAAAAUAAUCAUCAUAAGGUAGAAAAGAAGAGUAAUUUAUAGAAUAGAUAUUGUCUGGGUAUCAGAAAGAAACUUUUAAUUGAAUAUCAUGUAAAACGUUUGAUUUAAGCAAUAUUAUCGAAAUUGUUGUUUCUUUUAAGUAAUUUACUCCAUAUGAAAACAUAUAACUGUAUUGAAUGAUGAUUUCAUAGUUAUCAUGCAGAUGACGUCAUCUCUUAAUUAAUAACAUGUUUUUUGCAGUCAUAUUUCUUUGAUGUAGAUUACAAUAACGCUACAUUUCCAUACAAAAUGCAGCAAUAAAUAUUAUCUUCAUAUAAUGGUGGUGGUUUUACUGGUGUGGCUCAUUUCUGAACCUGGUGUUGGCUUGUUGCUUUUGUUUAUAUUGUACAUUGUACCUAAUUAUCUGGUAGUAGGUCAUGAGUUGAUCUCAGCUGGGCACGUGUUUGUAGGGGUUGGAGCAGGCUCGUUCAUGCAUUUCACAUUGUUGUAUUAACACACGGUGGGUGACCAAAACAGCACGAUGUGAUAGGUGAUAAGAACUGUACUAAAUAGUGAUUACUUUGUAAAACAAUACGCUGGUGGACUGGGAAAACUCAACAAAUUUAACUGGUAUUAAUUGAACGCUGGCUGACGGGUUUUAGGUUAACUUUUGCCUAUUUCAUGAAUCGGUUCUUUGUUGAUUGCCAAUUAAUCGGACACGGAAAUAAUGCGGGUAGGGGAUAUGUUGUUGAUUUGUUUCUCUCAAAGACUGUGAUAACAUUCUGUUUUUAAUUUAUUAAUGAUUAUUAAUGUAUUUAUUGCUGAUUGUACACUGUCGAUAUCGACGACGUUUUAGACAAUUGUGAGAGUAUAUUUAUUUUAUCCUAAAUCAUGAGAGUGAUUGACAUUUAUUGAUUAUUUGCAAAUAAAAAAUCAUUUGAUGAUGUAUUUCGUCCAUUUAAAAAUAAUUCAAAUAUGGUUGCUCUAGUUCCCAUCACAUACGUGCCCAGGGUAGCUACUCGUGACCUAAAUACUGCCUCUCCGGACAAGGGUCCUCGCGCUUCGUAUUCAUUCGGCAAUCUCCGCAAACGUGACGGAAACUACCGAAUGCUUACCAGUGAUUGUUCCGUUUGGUGAAGGAGUCGUUCGUCGUAAUCUUGCCAGCAUAUAUCGCGUGACCAAACCCUAUAUGUGAGUGGCUACUGAAUAAUGGUAGGCUGCAUGUGUAACCGGGCAUGGAUAAUCCCCGAACGAGUUGGUACCUGUCCCAUAAAAUGCUCACAAUAAUAUUAAAGUUCUGUUUUCAGGAAUAGACAUAAAACCCACGUUCAAAAACUUCGUUAUGUCUUUCAUGUUUGUUUUUUUUAAAUUAAUGUUGUUAAACAUGUUUUGUUAAGACUUUCACAUGAAAGUUCAGCAUGACCAUUGAACGUUAAUUAUUUUACGAUGUAUGGUGUGGUCCUUAUAAAUUGUUGUUAAUUGGUUUUGAUUACUAUAUGUAUUACUGAUUACCCUCAUAAUGAAUUUGUAGGUAUAACGACAAAAAGAACGUUGGGUUUUAAUAUUAUUCUGAAACAUGAACCAACCGUGUUCAAAUGCAGUGCAAUAAAACAUAAAAGUUCAAUCUUAAUACAUCAAGGGGACCGUAUAGCUUUGCAAAAUUAAUAUAUAGUUUAUUUAUGUAAAUACUUCCAUUUAAAGUAUAUUUAUCUAUGAUUUAUUUUUUACAAACCUAGUCAUAUUCGGUUCAAGUUUUGAACCAGUUUUAUGUUGUAACUGUUUUUAAACUUGCUGAUAUUUAAACUAGAAGAUAGUAUCUCAAGACAGACAUAUCAUAGGCGACAUAUCCAGUCUGUUCAAGGCAUAGAGACAUAUUUUUAAUUUAUUAUUUUAGACUUUCCUUUUCUCUAUCAAUAUGCAUUUCAUUGUUAUAACUAUGUACAUGUAUGGCUCCAUGACCAUGCCACGCGCAUGAUUGUUGUUAAGAGUGUUUGAGAGAGUGUGAAGAAUGAAAAAUAAAAUAAAGCAGAAGUAAAGAA